AUGAGCAAAUUGUCCCACUACGUACUUCAUCGAAUGUCAAAUCUUGAAGAAUUGACAUUAUUUCUUACAAUAUUAAGAAAUGACUCAACUUAUAUUGAUGGCAAUCAUUUAUAUGAUGAAAUUCUUGUUCAUAUGCCACGACUAAACAAAUUUACUUUCAGUAUAAUUACUGAAAUUAUUAACAUCAAUAUUAGAAGUGAUUUUCUAUUAAAUAAUGACAUUCAAUUUAGUUUCACCAAAAGAGGAUUUAAUCAAGUUUGUUCCUAUGCCGGUUAUAAUUCAACAGAGUCCAUAAUCAGAUAUCAUGUCUAUUCACUUCCAUAUCAAUUUGAAAUUUUUAUUAAUCUUAAUAAAUUUUUUCGAGGUGGCAUAUUUAAUAAAGUUCCAUGCUUAAUAAUGAAUGAUACAAAUCCAUUUGAACAUGAAUUAUUUAAAUUAGUAUCUCAAGAUUUUUCAUGUCUUGAAGAUUUACAUAUAGUAAAUACCUGUCCACAAAAAAAUAAACAACAUUCAUCUACAUUGGUUGUAUUUCCUCAUCUUCUGGCACUCAGUCUUCAUAUAUCACAUGUGAAUUAUGCUGAACAGUUUCUCUUCGAGAAAAAUACCCAUUUGCCUCGUUUGCUCAAACUUACUAUCGAUUACGAAGUAUUUGCAAUGGUAACGGAUUAUUUUACCAAUGAUGCAGUACGUCACAACUGUGCUAACUUGCAAAGUCUUGAUACAAAUGAGCUCUUUGUUCGUCCAAAACAUUUUCAUCAAUGUUUUCCUUUAUGGUAA